GUAGUGGAACCGUUAAGAUUCACGGCGGGGACGGAAGCGGGAAUUAGGAGUCGAUCCGGUUUGUCCUCGGAGUGGCGAGUCCGAAGCGCGGGAAUCGUCGCUGACUCCGCCUGGACCGGACCUGCCGCCGUUCUCUUCUCUUCUCGUCCUUCCCUUUCCCGGAGGCCCCGAUGGCGCUGCCCACCUUGCCUUCCUUCUGGAGCAGCCGCAGCCGAGCCCUCGAGCAGCAGAUCGUGCGCCACCGGGAGCAGGAGGCCCGUUUCCGGCAGCAGUGGGAGCUGAACAGCCGCUAUUUCAAGCAGUCGGGCGUCUACACCUCCAAGCAGGCCCAGUGGGGCUCCCGACAGUCCUACCAGCAAAGCAUGGACGCUUAUCGCCGCGAGAAGCUGAAGGAGGAGAAGCGGAUCAGCCUGGAGCAGAGGCGCCGGCAGUUGCAGCAGCUGCUCUUCGAGGAGCGGGAGAUGCUGGCGGAGGAACUGCGAGAGCUGCGGCUGGGCAAGGACGAGAUGAGCGAGAUGAAGCAGAAGAAUGAAGCGCUGAAAUCCGCCCGGGAAGGGCGCAGGAAGCAGAUUGCUGAAGAGCGGCUCUAUGAAUGCUGGAAGAACAACAGCGCCAAGCUCCGGGAGGUGGAGACUGAGCUGCACAAGAAGCACGUGGUGGAGGCUUGGGGGGACCAGCGAGUGCAGAAGCAACAGCGCGAAGCCACCGAGCGGGAAGAGAAGACCCACCUGGAGAAUGAAUAUGAGGCCGCCCGGAGGGAAGCCCUGGAGAGGAUGGCGGCGGCGGCAGCGAGGAGGAAGGAGGAGGAGCAGAAGCAGGCCGCGUUCCUGCGGCAGCAGAUGGAGGAGCUGCGGCUGCGGGAGGCAGAGGCCCGGGAGCUGAAGGAGGAAGAGGAGAAGCUGUUGAAGCAGCACUGGGAGCUGGGAGCGCUGGAGGCAGACAGGAAGCGCCAGGAGGAGGAAAGGAAGAAGAUCGAAUUGGGGCGCUACCUGAAGCACCAGUAUCAGGCCCAGCUGAAGCGACGGGCGCAGCAGAUCCAGGAAGAACUGGAGAAGGACCGGCAGAUCCUGCUGGCCCUGGCGGAGAAGGAGGAGGGCGAGGACCAGCGCCUGCGGUCCGCCCGGCGGGAGCGAGCGGUGGCUGACGUCGCCUGGAUGAAGGAGGUCCUCGAGGACCAGCUGCGGCUGGAAAGGGAGCGGGAGGCGGAGCUGGAGACCCUCUUCCGGGAGGAAGCCAAGCACGUGUGGGAGAAGCGAGAACAGGAGUGGGAGCGGGAGCGCAAGGCCCGGGACAGGCUCAUGGCCGAGGUCCUGGCCGAGAGAGCGCGCCAGAUCCGGGAGAGGAUGGAGCUCAACCGGCAGGCCCAGGAGGAGUCGGUGAAGCUCCGGGAGCAGCUGAUCCAGGGGCUGGAGGAGGCCAAGCAGCUGACGCAGCGGGAGAAGGAAGAGGAGGCUGGCCAGAAGACGCUCCGCCGGCGGGAGCUGGAGGCCCAGCUCACGGAGCGCCACCUGCGGGAGGAAGAGGAGCGGCGGCGGCAGGAGGAUGAAGAGGCCGAAGCCCAGCUGGAGGAAGAGCGGCUCAGGAUGCUGGAAGAGCGGGAGGCCCGGCGCUUGGCAGAGCAGGGCUACCGUCACCAGCGCUACAGCUAUCCCAAAACUGCCUGGAGCUAAAGGCGGCGGCAGUGAACGCCUGGGUUCCCCUUUGGAUGCGUUUCUACCCUCACGGUGGGAACCACUGAGGUCGGGCCCUUUUCAAAGGACAUUUUUAAACGCCAAGGGUCUCAAGUUGAAAAGGGGGGCAGACCCAUCAGCCUGCAAGGCCAGCGCACCGAAGGCCGCCUCUCCACCUGUGACCGGCGCCAGCCUUCCCUUGCUGUGGAUGUGACCGGGGGAGGGGGGCUCUCAGGCUCCCCAGGCGAAGCCACACGAGGGUCACGGUUGUUCCCAGGGAGGGAGGGAGGGAGGGAGAGUGACUGAUGGGAUGGCCAGCGGGAGGGAGGGAGCCCCGUGUGCCCCACAUAAGAGGAGAGACAGCACAUCCCCCGCUUGGGACAGGGGGACACUUCCCACCCAGCAGGCACAGUUGCCCGAGCCCCGUAACGGAGGGGCGACUGGUCGGGUCGUUCCCCCUUCCUUUUCCAUCAUGGAAGUCAAAAGGGUCAAUAAAGCAUGCGUUUUU